CUCAACGCUUCCCUCUACUCGUGUACGAUUGGAUUCCUCGCUUCGGUGACGGUUUGGUCGUUUUGCUGCUUUUGCUGCUUUUGCUGGUUUUUUUUUUUCCCUGCUAGUUGUGUUAUUUGCUGGUUCUGUUUGCAUUUGAUAUCCCUGUAUUAUACACCUGUCGUGUUUCUCUCGGGAGUCUAAAAAGUCGCUUUAUUUUCGUUAUUUACUGCUUCACAUAAUGUAUCAUUACAAUCCUCCUCCACCUCCUCACCCGGGCUGGUCGGCCUACGACUACGCUUCUCCUCCCACCUCUCCUGCCUACGCCUACUAUGCGACUCCGUACGCCAGUCCCUACGUCUCGUCGCCUCGAGGUGCUUCUGGCACUUCGUCCAAGCGUCAUACUCGCAAGGCCAGUUAUGCCGGUCCUUCCGCCAAAGACUGGGGUCAUCCGGCCUCCUACUCGCACAGUUACUAUGAUGUUCCCCCAGAGUUUGGCACGCCACCACCGCGCAAGCACGAUCCUGUGCCUGCAUAUGAUGAUGCCGAUAUGUCUUCCAAACGGUCUCGCGCGCGUCGCCAGUCCACAUCCACCCGCACUCCAUCCAAGCCCAAGUCGACCUCGAGCACCAAGACCACGCCAGUAGCCACCGAAGAAGAUGCCGAGCGCGCUGGAAUUCCUGCCGGAUACUCGACCAAGAACUGGGACCCUACCGAAGCCCCGAUUGUUCUUCUCGGUAGUGUGUUCGACGCCAACUCGUUGGGAAAGUGGAUCUACGACUGGACCGUUUUUCACAAUGGCGCCUCCACUCCGAUGGCCGAUGUCGCGGGAGAUAUGUGGCUGCUGUUGAUCAAGUUGGCAGGCAAGGUUAAGCGUGCGGACGAGUGUCUCGACCGGAUCCAGCGUCGCGAAUCGCGCGAAACCGUUGCGGACUUUCUGGAAAGCGGCGAACGACUGUGGAUGCGGUUCAAGAAGCUGCUCAAGGCUUGUGAACAUUUCAUGUGGAAGGUGGCCAAGCGCGAGGGCAAGGCAGUGUCGAUGGGUCGUAACGCCGGCUGCGAAUUUGUCGAGUCACUCUUCGGCCGGGACCGCGAACUCGAAAACACGGAGAAACUGAUGAACAGUAUCCGUCUGUGGAACAUGCGGUUCGACGCCAACUGUGACGAGAUUCUCCGCCGGCCAUCUGCAUGAUUCACAUGCAAAAUACAGACUCAUACGAGUCUGACUACAUACAGGCCGUCUAUGGACAGGUCAUAAAAGUAAUAUCUCUUUUCGUUUGUUGUUCUGUUCUCUAGCGCAGGAUGAUACUGGUACAGGAUCGGGAGGCGCACCUUGGUUUUUAUUUCGUUUCGUUUCUUGCAUGAGCGCGGCAUUCUGUUUUGAUUGCUUGCGAUGAGUUUUCGCUAUCGCGCGCGAUGCCAGUUUUCUUUUCUUUUUCUUUCUUUCUUUUUUUUUUUUUUUUUUUUUUUUUUUUUUUUUUUUUUU